GCUGGACCCCGCUGGCGGGAGCACGGCUGAGCUGCCGCCUCCAGCUGCCUUUCCUGAGCCCGGAGCAGUCCCCGUUCUUAACGUCUUUCUGGAGUUUUUCUCAGCUCUGACUCCACGGAGGGCUCAGCUCUUGUUAGGAGGCAUUGGGCGUCUGUUUGUCAUGUCGCUUGUGGAAACAAAAAUAACAAAGGUAGUAGGUUGCGUCUGGAAUGCUGACUGACAUUAGGGCCCUAAAACUACAACGCUGGUGAUACAAUUUGUGAUUAUCUUGUCCUACCAAGGUGAAAAAUCCUAAAGAUGAACAGCAAUUCACUACACGUGUCUUCAAAGCUGCCUUGGCUAGAAGUGGAAUGUAGUUUCCUGACAGAUCUUCUUACAAGGAAGUUGUAAAUCCUUUCUAAUGGCCAACAAGAAAGAGCCUCCUUUUUUUAAUAAAGAUAAUAUGGGACCAUUUCACUACAAACUUCCUUUCUAUGAAACUAUGGAGCUCUUCAUUGAAACGCUAACAGGAACCUGCUUUGAACUGCGAGUUUCCCCCUUUGAAACAGUUAUUUCUGUGAAAGCUAAAAUUCAAAGACUGGAAGGUAUUCCUGUCUCUCAGCAGCACUUAAUUUGGAAUAAUAUGGAACUGAAGGAUGACUAUUGUUUGGAUGAUUAUAACAUUUCAGAAGGCUGCACUCUGAAGUUGGUUCUGGCAAUGCGAGGUGGACCUGUUAACACCAGAAGAGUUCCUGUGAAAGAUCCUAUCAGGGAAAUGGCUGAGUACAUGGAUCCUGCUAGAGACAAGAUCUGGGAGAAAGGGCCAUCCAACAAACAAGUGACCUUCUUGGUGUAUCGAGAAGGAGAUCGGUUGAAUUUCUUCCGUGUGGUUGACCGGGGCGAUGGCACUUUAACACCACUGUCUGAGUCUUUGAGGUAAAAAAUAGAAUAUCACAUCCACAUGGAGGGUAAAUAUAAGCUUUCUUUUACUUUCAGUGGUGGUUCAGUUUAUAAUUUAUAUGCUGAUGAUGAAGAUGAGACAGAGGCAUCACCUUCUGGCCAACAGAUUAUUGAGAAUUCAAUUACUAUGAAUAAAAUGAAACUGCUCAAGGCAAAGAUGGAGAACAUGAAUCUGAGUAAAAAGCCUAAGAAAACUGUCAAGGUGAAGCCUCGCCCUCCCAUGACUCCUCGACCAUCUAGUGGCUCGGUGGCUGCUGCUCGUCACCGCUUUCUGAGAGUGCUCCCCCAUAUCGGACAGUCGUGCCUACCUCCUCCUGGGAAUUUGCAUCAGUCAGAAUCUCCUCAAAAUGCACUUUCAGCAUUGGCUACUUUGGCCACUGCUGGUAGAACAAUGCCAUCCACAGCUAAUCACUUCCUUAAGGAAGAUGACGCUUGGCAGAGCAACUCUUGGUCUCAGCCAGUCAAUAGCAUCAGGUUACCACCGAAAAUAUCUCGUGUUGAACUAGAAAAUGCAAAACUACCUACAAACGGUAUUCUGACUCCUGUUUCAUCCCUGCCUGCAAAUUCAGAAAAAGUAUCUGAAAAUGUGACCUCAACAAGCGAGGAGGAUGCUGUUUUGUUUCCAAAUCUAACAAACGUGGAGCUGUAUGGAACAGAGGAAGAACAUCUGUCUGAACCAGAUGCUUUUGCUUUUUUAGCAGAAGCAAGCACUGCUGAACAGUGUAGUGAGAUAUAUGACAUAGGAAAGGUGAACCCAGAGCUUGAACUGCCUGAUGGAGACAAAGAUUCUAAGGUUGUAGAGCAGCAUAGAAAACCUAUUGGCAAAGUGCUGAGCACUGCAGCAAUGGAGACUGGUCUUUUAAGUCCUCAGAAAAAUCUGCUUUUGUCCCCCCUCCGGUAUUCGGCACAAGUGGCACAUCACAGUACUCUGAAACCACAAGCACAGCCUAGAUGCUUUGAGGCUGGUAACUUGAGAUCUACGGCCUCCCCAAACGUGCUUCGAUCGUUGGAAGUACGUAGUAUAGCAGACUCCUCUUUUUCUAGGACCACUAGAUUUUGUAGUGUGAAAGUAGAGUCACUUGGCAAAAGACCUGAUGUAAUUUCUAAAUCAGAGGCUAGGGAUGUUAGAGAUGUGGCUAGCAAGGCAUCCAAAGAACCUACAAGUUCUGUAAGUAACUUAGGAUUUCUGGCUUCGCUGGCCCGAAGCACAAACAGGGAAAGUUUACAGAGUUCCUGUGGGACUGACAGGUUUCGGACUUCUGGUAUUGCACUACCUACAAACCUGCAGCAUUUUCAGGAAGAAGGCUUUAGGAAAGCUUCUCCUCCAAAUGAAGCUGCUGAAUAUAUUCUAUCUGCACAUGGGCUUGGAAUGAAUGGAAGUAUGGCAGCUGUAGGGAAAAGAGUAGGUGAAGCAACCCAUCUUCCACCUGUGGAUGGCUUAAUUCAAGCAAAAAAGAAAAUUUCAAAGCACUGCUUUCUUUGUGGCAAGAAAACUGGAUUGGCAACCAGCUAUGAGUGCAGAUGUGGAAACAACUUCUGUGCAGCACACCGCUAUGCAGAGACUCACACCUGCACCUACGACUACAAGAGUGCGGGACGGAGGUAUUUGCAGGAGACCAAUCCCAUCAUUAGUGCACCAAAGCUUCCCAAAAUUUGACAUGGUUGUGCUGCAUGUGGCCACUCUGCUGUUGAAGAAUUGUAUUGAAUUGAGAGAAGCACUUGCUUAAACUGCAUAUUUUUUGCCAUGCUCCAUAUUUAAAGGUUUGCCAAGUAACAAAAGCACAUGAGGAUGCAUCGAAGAAUAAUGUGAACACUACUGCAGUUAAAGCUUUUCUUCUUGAGUGAAUGAAAAGUUAAAAAUUAGUUUCUAAAAACUUACACUAUGAUUUAACUGUUACUGCACGUGUUGUGUUUUAUAUUUGGAAAAGCUAUUUCACUAGACAAGUCUUUAAAGAUGCACUUUACUAACUUUACUGUAUAACCAGAGUUGAGGGGGUGUUGUAAUGAGGGUGUCACGUAAUGUCUUCUGUAAUCUUGGUUUUGUCCAUUGUGUGGUAUCUUCUAAGUUAUUUCACUAGAAAGGUCCUCCUCCCUCCCCUUUCUUCAAAAAGCCUGUUUUGAGAUUUUAAGGGGAUAGUGUGUUCCACCCCUCUGUUUCAUUCUGAUUGAUAUUUGUACAUUGUGUGUGUCCAUUCUGAAAAUUGCAUAUCAUCUUAAUCACAUUUUCUUAAAAUAAUGCUGUUUAUAUGACAAGUUUGUUUUUAAAUAGAAGGUUCCCUGUUUGUUGCCAUUAAAUAUAAGAAACUACUUAUUUUAACUUUUUUUGUAAUCCUAGAUUUUUUUAAGACUUCACAACUUGCUUUGUUAAGAUGUUGAAUGCUGUUACUGGAAGAAAUUCUAAUAAAUAUUAAAUUUUA